UGAAAAUCCACGACUUCACCAAUUUUGUCGGGCUGGAAUUUGAUGCGGUGAGCGAGGGGUGCGCAUGGAGAUAUCGUACGCCUCCUCUAGCUCCCGCAACCUCUCUCGUUACUCCACCUCGACCUCCUCCUCCAAUAUGCCGAACCGCCCUGUUAGGAUUAUUCAGCUGCAGCAUCCCACGACGACGUCGCUUUCGAGUUCUUCGUCGUCGUCGUCGUCGUGGUGGUGGUCUGUGCUUUCGAGAUGGCGGUCCAAGGUCGAGGCUAUGAGCUUCACUGACUGGACCGACGUUUUAGUCCCUUGCUCCAGAUGGAUUCGAACCUACCGGUGGAGGGAUUACCUCCAGAUCGAUCUCGCCGCCGGGUUAACCGUGGGCGUCAUGCUCGUCCCUCAGGCAAUGUCUUAUGCAAGGUUAGCUGGGCUUGAACCAAUAUAUGGACUUUACUCCAGUUUUGUGCCUAUAUUUGUGUAUGCAAUAUUUGGGUCAUCUCGCCAGCUUGCAAUCGGUCCUGUAGCAUUGGUUUCACUACUGGUCUCUAAUGUAUUAAGUCAAAUUGUUGAUUCAUCUGAUGAACUAUACACGGAACUAGCAAUACUUUUGGCGCUUAUGGUUGGCAUAAUGGAAUGCAUAAUGGGGCUCCUGAGGCUUGGAUGGCUUAUUCGUUUCAUCAGUCACUCUGUGAUUUCUGGGUUUACGACAGCUUCAGCAAUUGUGAUUGCCUUAUCUCAAGCAAAGUAUUUCCUGGGAUAUGAUGUAGAUCGAACUAGCAAAAUUGUGCCUCUGAUUAAAAGUAUAAUAGCUGGAGCAGAUGAGUUCUCCUGGCCUCCUUUCGUAAUGGGAUCCAUCAUUCUUGCAAUUCUUCUGGUUAUGAAGCACUUGGGAAAAACAAGGAAAUAUUUGCGGUUCCUUCGAGCAUCAGGUCCCCUCACAGGAGUUGUCUUGGGCACUGUUUUUGUGAAAAUAUUUCAUCCAUCUUCAAUUUCUGUGGUUGGAGAAAUACCUCAGGGCCUCCCAAAAUUUUCUGUUCCUAAAAGUUUUGGGUAUGCAAAGGAUUUGAUUCCGACUGCACUUCUUAUUACUGGUGUAGCUAUAUUGGAAUCUGUGGGGAUUGCCAAAGCAUUGGCAGCGAAGAACGGGUAUGAGCUGGAUUCGAAUCAAGAGUUGUUUGGUCUUGGUGUCGCCAAUAUCUGUGGUUCAUUCUUUUCAGCAUACCCCACGACAGGCUCCUUUUCUAGGUCGGCUGUAAAUCAUGAAAGCGGAGCAAAAACUGGAUUAUCUGGAAUUGUUACAGGAAUCAUAAUAGGCUGUGCUCUUUUGUUUCUGACUCCAUUAUUUACAGAUAUACCCCAGUGUGCUCUGGCUGCCAUCGUGGUCUCAGCUGUAAUGGGUUUGGUGGAUUAUGAUGAAGCUAUUUUUUUAUGGCGUGUAGAUAAGAAAGAUUUUCUUCUUUGGACCCUUACCAGCACUAUGACAUUGUUCCUUGGUAUUGAGAUUGGUGUCCUUGUUGGGGUUGGUGCUUCGCUUGCUUUUGUCAUCCAUGAGUCAGCAAAUCCUCGUCUUGCUUUCUUGGGGCGUCUUCCAGGCACCACUGUUUAUAGAAACAUUCAGCAAUAUCCAGAAGCAUAUACAUACCAUGGGAUUGUGAUGGUUCGGAUUGAUGCACCCAUUUAUUUUGCAAAUAUAAGUCACAUAAAAGAAAGGCUGCAGGAAUAUGAAAUGAAAAAUGAUGGAUCUACAAGACGUGGACCAGAAGUUGAAAGUGUUUAUUUUGUGAUUCUAGAGAUGUCACCUGUUACAUAUGUAGACUCCAGUGCCGUUCAAGCUUUGAAGGACUUGUAUCACGAGUACAAAUCACGGGAUAUCCAGAUUGCCAUUUCCAAUCCAAACCGUGAAGUUCUGCUGACCCUAGCAAAGGCCAAUUUGGUGGAGCUGAUUGGUAAGGAGUGGUACUUUGUAAGGGUGCAUGACGCUGUUCAAGUUUGCCUUCAACAUGUGCAAAGCAUCAAUGAAGCUAAGACAGCAGAGCCACUAGAGGAGAAUAAACCGAGCCUCUUCCAGCGCUUGCUUAAACAGAGACGGGAGGACUUCUCAAAUGCCGAAUUGGAGUCCGGAGAUCAAGCUCCUUCGACUCCCGCUGAUUCAGAUUCGCAAUUUGAGCCAUUGUUGUCUCGCAAGUCUUGAAAAUUGUUGCUUUCCUGCAAGUUUGUGAUGGCAUUGCCUUUUAAAAAAGUGAUUAUAUCUGAAAUUAUAUACACAUUUUCCUGUAUUCUUUUGCCUGAUUGUUUCAGUGUAACUAGGCUCCUUACAGUGAGCAUGUAAUAAACUUCAUGAUUAUAGUGCUAUUCUUGUAUUUAAGGCUGAAAUUGCACCUUUGCCUUA